GACAGCAAGCAAAGAGGAGGCGCCUGUUAGAAAUGUGAAGUGAAUAAAUGUUGGUGACUUGGGAAACUCAUUUGCCCCCCACACUCCGUUCUGCACACCAGGUGUUCUCCACAGAGCAGCACCCAAGGGCGUGAGGAUUGGUGACGAUUAGAGCAAAACUAAACAAAACAAAAAAAACCAACUUAGAUAUUACAGUGCUUGUUCGCGGCCCUCCGAAGCUCAAACCCUGCCCAACAAAAUCUUAUUUCUUAGUAUUUGAUUUCUCUUGUUAUGCAGAAAUUCGAUUAUAUUUAAAUUAAUUAAUCAAAUUUAAAUAUAAUUGAAUUUUUGCCCUUGGAACGGGCGGCCGUAAUGAAAACAAGACUGAGGAAUGCUGCUCUGUGCCGGAGCUCCACGGGUGAGCUGCUCCCAGCCGCGUUCCUGUAGGGGGGCUGUGAUCAAUAUCAGUGCACCCCCAUUUUAGAGAGUCCGUUGACACUGGGAGUGAGGGAGAUUUUCAGCUAGAAGAGACCCCGGAAUCCCAAACGGCGUGUUUGCAGAUGAGAGGGUGCAGGCCGGGAUCACGCUGCAUGCUGGACGGCUUUCUGAGUCCAGGCCCACAUUGUCCAUCAGGUAACAUGUCAGUUCCAGGACCUUACCAGGCAGCCGCCGGGCCUUCCUCGGUGCCGACCGCACCCCCGUCCUAUGAAGAGACGGUGGCCGUCAACGGCUACUACCCCGCGCCCCCCGCGCCCAUGCCCGGGCCAGCCACGGGGCUCAUGACGGGCCCGGAUGGGAAGGGCAUGAAUCCUCCUUCGUAUUACACCCAGCCGGUGCCCGUCCCCAACGCCAACGCAAUCGCCGUGCAGACGGUCUACGUGCAGCAGCCCGUCUCGUUUUUCGACCACCCUGUCCAGAUGUGCUGUCCUUCCUGCAACAAGAUGAUCGUCACCCAGCUGUCCUACAACGCCGGCGCCCUGACCUGGCUGUCCUGCGGGAGCCUGUGCCUGCUGGGGUGCGUGGCGGGCUGCUGCUUCAUCCCCUUCUGCGUGGACGCCCUGCAGGACGUGGACCACUACUGUCCCAACUGCAAAGCUCUCCUGGGCACCUACAAGCGCUUGUAGGACUCAGCCGGACGUGCGGGGAGCUGGUGCCGCAGGAAGUCCCUUCCGGCUCUCGUCCAGCCCCGCCCCUGCUAGCGGUUCUGCUCGGCCAUUCUCGCCUCUCCAGGGGGCCCACCCACCCUCGUGUCUUUUUUUGGGGGGAAAAAUGUCACAAAACUAACAAACCUCCAAACCCCAGAAA